GGCUGCUUCAAUUAACCCUCAGGCAGGGCCUGGUGGCCCACCGUCAGCGGGACCAGGUGGCCCAGGCAUGCAGCCUCCUCGAGAGCAAAGUAAAAGAUUGCAACAGACACAGGCACAAGUAGAUGAGGUGGUAGAUAUAAUGCGAGUGAAUGUAGAGAAAGUUCUGGAUAGAGACCAGAAAAUUUCACAACUUGAUGAUAGAGCAGAAGCACUUCAAGCUGGAGCAUCUCAGUUUGAAGCAAGUGCUGGAAAGUUGAAAAGAAAAUAUUGGUGGAAAAAUUGCAAGAUGAUGUUAAUCUUGGGAGCCAUCAUCGGCAUUAUUGUCAUUAUAAUCAUUGUGUGGAUCGUGACAAGUCAAGGUAGCACUAGUUCAGCCACUACUCAAGCUCCACCCAUAACAACAUCACAACCCCCAACAGCACCUACUGCCAAAGGGAAUCCUUAAAUAUAUAGGACAAGGUGUGCAAGAACAAGACUUUACUUAGGUGACUGACGGCAGAAAUGUUCAAGCUAACAUAUUAAUUUGUCAUGUUAACUGAAGCAGUUAGCUAUUUGCUUGUGUUAUAUAUAUAUAUAUAUAUAUAUAUAUAUAUAUAUAUAUAUAUAUAUAUAUAUAUAUAUAUAUAUAUAUAAAAUAAGCAAAUAUCCAUUUACACAUAAAAAUAACCAUUGACACAUACAUGAAUACAUGUUGUUAUUACUAUCCUCGUAGUCAACUAUUUUUAAUUUGACGGAUUAAUUUUUAUUUAAAAACAAUGCUAUUGAAUUGGUACCAGUUUUAAUCAUCAGCAGGUAGAAAAGAAAUUUGUAGCAUAAUAGUAAUCUAAGUUUGAUAAGCAUAUUUAUAUUGUAAUGGAAAAGUUGCAGCUGAACUAACUAUUACAAAACAGGGUUUCGCGGUUAUAUGAUUAACCCUGGCACUUAAAACAAAUUUACUAACUGUACAUCCAGACAAAAAGACUUACAUUUUUAACCACCUCACUGUUAUUGAAAAUGAAUAUUAAAAUAUAAAUAUCUAAAUACAUUUAAAAAGAAAACGGUUCUUAAUUUAUUGUGUAGUGAGGAUGUUUAAAAGCUUAAUCGAUGAAAAUAUUAAUUCCACUAAAACAUAAACACACAACUUUUAAAAUCAUUGCAAUAAAAAUUAUAUAUUUUAAAUGCUUAAAAAAAUUAAACAAUAUCACUGUAUUACAUAACAAAUAAAGCCCUGAUUCACAGCAGAGGCACUUUACUUAGUAUUUAGUUAAAAAAUUAAUAAUAUUGCCCGCAAUUUCAAACAAAUUCAAACAAACAAGCUUAACAUUAAAAAGCUGUAGAAAAUGAAACUAGUGAUAGAAUAACAAGAAGAAAACAAUGUAAUUUGAACUUAUUAUUUCCUGUUUCUUCUGGUAUCCUUACAAUCUUGUUACCAUUGAAACUUCCAUCUCUAUGCUUAAAUUAAAAAGAUCGCAUACGACUGUACCACGAAAGAAAAUUCUCUGGCAAUAGUACCUGCAGAAAGCUGUAAAAGGUUAAUAAUGGCAAAUUUUGAUCUGAGAAAACAUAAUUAAAUUUGUUGUUCAAAAUUCUUUGUUAACAUUUUAGUCAGUUUGAGUUUAAAAUAAUUUUUUAAUAAAUGGUCAUGUUAUUUAUAAAUGUUCUAAAUUGAUUUAAUAGGUAAAUGGCUAAUAAAUUUACAAUUUAA